AAAAUGAAAUACAAUCAUCAAAAUAUUUUAAAUAUUCGUGAAAUAGUUACAUAUCUAACUACAGGUCUACAAUAAGCCUAUGAUGGUCUGAUAGAGAUACCAUAUAAACUAAAUUGCAAAUAUAAUUAUGAUAUAAGUAAUUCCAAAGUGGUGAUGAGUAUAAUAUUUCUAAAUAUCUGCAACUGUAAUACAAAAUGAAAAUAUCCAAUUUCUUUUGGUGACAAAUUCACAAGUAUUGCUAAUUUCACUGUCUUUACUGGUUACAUUCAUAAUUUUCUGUUAGGGGUUAGUGAAAAUAAAGAUGUGUUUUUUUUCCUCAUUCAAGUUCAUGGGUUCCCUGAAAUAUAGAUAUAAACUCUGGUUUAAAACUCUUGUCAUAAUAUUUUUAGGUAGCAAAAUGCUUACUGGAUUGCCUUAGAUUUUUUUUGUAAUACUCCUCAAUCAAAUAUAUGAAAAAUUAAGAAGACUGACUAAUAUUUCUUGGGUUUACAGAGGCUCAGUAAAUUGGAAGUCAUUCUGUGUAAUCCUGUAAACAACUGUGUGGAUACAUAUAUUAUUAUGGUCCUGGCCCUGCUAUGGUCCACUUUGUCCCAGAUCUGGCAGUAACUACCAUCCUUCCAUGUCCCUUAGCCCUGAAAGAAAAGGAACAUCUUUUCUUAUCAUCUUCAUAUAUGGAGCAAUGUCCUCUGUGCCCUAUUUCAAAUGCAAGUAUAUCAUACUCCAGGGGGCAUAUUACUAUUUCUUUUGGGGCAUCUUAAAAUUCUUUAAAACAUCAGAUAUCUUUGGCCUUUCCUUCGCUCUUGGCCUCUGCAUCCAAAGUGUUUUUUUGUUUUUUUAAUGCUAUUAAAUUGUUUACACAAUCUCCAAUCCUUUUUCUCCUUUCCCUUUCCAGACCCUCAUUACCACUUUUCUAUAGUAUCUUCCCUUCCUCUUAUCUCUCUCAUAGGUUAUCUGUAGUAAAAAAAAAAAAAAAAAAUCAUGUUAAAUGAGAGAUGCCUGUGAGAUUUGGGUCCUUUUAAGGCACAGUUGUUGGUAUCAGUUUUAAAGAUGAGCUCUUUUCUGUUUUGGGGGUCUCAGAGUGUGAAAUACAUUUUAAUUGACUGAAAGUACAAUGACUUCCCUCAAAAACAUUUCUCUUCAAGCCAUCUGCAUGUAGCCUUUGAAAUUGAGAUUAGAUAAGAUAGUGUCUAUGGAAUAGGACAACAUAAGGUAGACUGUAAGCAGGGGUCAGUAGACAGUUCAUUAUAAUUGUUAGGAAUGACCAAUUAAGUGUCUGCCACAUACUUUGCAAUAUAUAUUAUUCCAAACUAUGGGAUUUCAAUUCAAAUUAACCGCCAUCGCCAAGUUUUAGAUGUUGCUUUUAAGAGGAAGUCAGGGAAAGUGACAUCCUGGAUAACGGGCAGGGUAGUCUAGCAACUGUUAAGGUGGACUAGAUAACUUUGCAGGCCUCUUCCUGGUCCAAAGGAUUCAACUCGGGCCACCAGUGCAAUGCAGAAUUCGCCCUUCUUCCACACCUGGAGCUUACGGAAACAGGUUAAACCAGGGAUGGCGAGCCACGUGUCGAAAUGAAUGAGUUGGAGAAUGAGCGACUUGCGGAGCAAAAACCUUUUCCAGGACUGGCCUUCUUGUCUGGGCUGAGGGAGGGGGGCCCGGUGAGACGUCCUAAAGAGCAGACUAACGCGGCUCUGGCCGGAGAAGGUACAGGUUGGGCGGGGAGAGCCGGCCGGCCUGGCCCAGGGAGGAGUGAGAGUACAGGAGGGGUGGGGGGAGAGGCGGGGCCGGCUUCCUUCGUCACUUGAUAAAACGCCUGCUGGUCUCCAGAGAACAACGGGCUCUUUCAGCUGUUCGAGAGCGGGCUGCGAGGGAGAGAAUCUGGACAGGGAGUACUGCUAGUCCCGGGGGGUGGGGCAGGGAAGCUAAACUAGAGAAGGAGAAGGUGCUAGUGGCGGCAGCAGCAGCAGCAGCGGCAAUAGCAGAAGCGGCGGCGGCGGCGGCGGCAGCGGCAGGUCCCUUUCUCCUUUCCCUUCCCUGCCCCACCGUAAUUGCCGAUGGCGGCUUCUGGGCAGCCGGAGCUCCUUUUCUACCUGUCGGCGUGUCUGCUGCUCCGUUUCUGCGCCGCCUUUAACUUGGAUACCCGGGAAGAAAACGUGAUCCGCAAGAUCGGGGAGCCCGAGAGUCUCUUUGGAUUCUCCCUGGCCAUGCACUGGCAGCUACAUCCGCAGGACAAGAGGCUGUUGUUGGUGGGAGCCCCUCGAGCCAAAGCUUUUCCAUUACAGAAAGCCAACCGGACAGGAGGCCUGUACAGCUGUGACAUCACAUCCCAGGCACCUUGCCAACGCAUUGAAUUUGAUAAUGAUGCUGACCCUAAUUCUGAGAGUAAGGAAGACCAGUGGAUGGGUGUCACUGUCCAGAGUCAGGGGCCAGGGGGAAAGGUGGUGACAUGUGCCCAUAGGUAUGAGAGAAGGCAACAUGUUAACACUAAACAGGAGUCUCGAGACAUAAUUGGGAGGUGCUAUGUGUUGAGUCAGUCCCUUACCAUUGAAGAUGACAUGGAUGGAGGAGAUUGGAGUUUUUGUGAUGGCCGUUUGAGAGGCCAUGAAAAAUUUGGUUCCUGUCAGCAAGGUGUAUCUGCAACUUUUACUAAAGAUUUCCAUUAUAUAGUUUUUGGAGCCCCGGGUACUUAUAAUUGGAAAGGAAUUGUUCGUGCAGAGCAAAAGAAUAACACUUUUUUUGACAUGAAUAUCUUUGAAGAUGGGCCUUAUGAAGUUGGUGGUGAAACUGAUCAUGAUGAAAGUCUAGUUCCUGUUCCAGCUAACAGUUAUUUAGGCCUUCUCUUUUUGACCAGUGUUUCCUAUACAGAUCCUGAUCAGUUUGUUUACAAAACACAGCCCCCCAAUGUAAGGGUCGACAAAUCUCCUGAUGUGAUGAUGAAUAGCUACCUAGGUUUUUCACUGGAUUCAGGAAAAAGUAUUAUCUCUAAAGAUGAGAUCACUUUUGUGUCUGGUGCACCUAGAGCCAACCAUAGUGGAGCUGUGGUUCUCCUAAAGAGAGACAUGAAAUCUGCACAUCUUUUUACUGAACAUUUGUUUGAAGGAGAAGGGCUGGCCUCUUCAUUUGGUUAUGAUGUGGCAGUAGUGGACCUCAACAAAGAUGGCUGGCAAGAUAUAGUUGUUGGAGCACCACAGUAUUUUGAUAGAGAUGGAGAAGUUGGGGGUGCUGUGUACAUCUACAUUAAUCAGCAAGGCAAAUGGAAUAAUGUCAAGCCAAUUCGCCUUAAUGGAACCAAAGAUUCUAUGUUUGGCAUUGCAGUCGAAAACAUCGGUGAUAUUAAUCAAGAUGGAUACCCAGAUAUUGCAGUUGGAGCACCUUACGAUGAUUUUGGGAAGGUUUUUAUUUAUCAUGGCUCUCCAAGUGGAAUAAAUACCAAGCCGACUCAGGUUCUUGAGGGUAAAUCUCCAUACUUUGGUUACUCAAUUGCUGGAAAUAUGGACCUUGACAGAAAUUCCUAUCCUGAUGUUGCUGUUGGUUCACUCUCAGAUUCAGUGUCCAUUUUCAGAUCUCGACCUGUGAUUAACAUCCAGAAAACAAUCACAGUGACACCUAACAGAAUUGAUCUGAGACACAAAAUGGCCUGUGAUGCACCAAGUGGAAUAUGCCUGAAGGUUAAAGCCUGUUUUGAGUACACUGCUAAGCCCAGUAGUUACAGUCCUGCAAUAUCAAUUGUGGGCACACUUGAAGCUGAAAGUCAGAGAAGGAAAUCCGGCUUAUCAUCAAGAGUUCAUUUUCCAAAUCAAGCUUCUGAACCCAAGUCUUCCCAUGAACUGACUCUGAAAGGGCAGAAACAAAAAAUGUGCAUGGAAAGAGUACUUUGGCUACAGGACAACAUCAGAGAUAAACUACGUCCCAUUCCCAUAACAGCAUCAGUGGAAAUUAAAGAACCAAAUUCACGGAGGCGAGUGAAUUCACUUCCAGAACUUCUUCCCAUUCUGAAUUCAAAUGAACCCAAAACAGUGACCUCAGAGGUCCAGUUCUUAAAAGAGGGAUGUGGAGAUGACAACAUCUGUAAUAGCAAUCUGAAAUUAGAGUACAGAUUUUGUACACGAGAUGGCAACCAAGACAAAUUUUCUUAUUUACCAAUUCACAAUGGCAUUCCAGAGCUUGUUCUCAAAGAUCAGAAGGAUAUUGCUUUAGAGAUAACAGUGACAAAUAGUCCAUCAAAUCCCAGGGACCCUACAAAAGAUGGGGAUGAUGCUCAUGAAGCCAAACUCAUUGCAACUUUUCCUGAUACCUUAACUUACUCUGCAUACAGAGAGCUGAGGGCUUAUCCUGAAAAACAGUUGAGUUGUGCAGCUAAUGUAAAUGGUUCCCAAGUAGACUGUGAACUUGGAAAUCCCUUUAAGAGAAAUUCCAGUGUUACUUUUUAUUUGAUUUUAAGUACCACAGAAGUUACCUUUGAUACCACAGACCUGGAUGUGAAUUUGAAGUUGGAAACAACAAGCAAUCAAGAUAAUUUGGCUUCAAUUACAGCUAAAGCUAAAGUGGUUAUUGAACUGCUUUUGUCGGUCUCUGGAGUUGCUAAACCUUCCCAGGUGUACUUUGGAGGUACUGUUGUUGGUGAGCGAGCUAUGAAAUCUGAAGAUGAUAUUGGAAACUUAAUAGAAUAUGAAUUCAGGGUAAUUAAUUUAGGUAAACCUCUUAAAAAUCUUGGCACAGCAUCUCUAAACAUUCAGUGGCCCAAAGAAAUUAGCAAUGGCAAAUGGCUGCUUUAUUUGAUGAAAAUAGAAUCCAAAGGACUGGAACAAAUAAACUGUGAGCCACAAGAUGAAAUUAACUCUCUGGGACUAAAGGAAUCUCCUCACAACUCAAGAAAGAAAAGAGAAAUUGCAGAGAAACAGACAGAUGAUGGAAGAAAAUUUUCUUUAUUUGCAGAAAGAAAAUAUCAGACACUAAACUGUAGCACAAAUGUUAACUGUGUGAACAUAAUAUGUCCUCUACAUGGUUUGGACAGCAAAGCUUCUGUUAUAUUACGGUCAAGGCUGUGGAAUGGUACAUUCCUAGAGGAAUAUUCCAAGCUGAACUACUUAGAUAUUCUUCUUCAGGCUUCCAUUAAUGUUACUGCUGCUGCAGAGAAUAUUAAGGUUCCAAAUGCAGGCACUCAAGUCCGUGUUACAGUAUUUCCUUCAAAGACAGUUGCACAGUAUUCUGGAGUGCCUUGGUGGAUCAUCCUUGUGGCUAUCCUUGCUGGAAUUUUGAUGCUUGCUCUAUUAGUAUUUUUACUAUGGAAGUGUGGAUUCUUUAAGCGCUCCAGGUACGAUGACAGUGUUCCCCGAUACCAUGCUGUAAGAAUCCGGAAAGAGGAACGGCAGAUCAAAGAUGAGAAAUAUAAUGAUGGCCUGGAAAAAAAACAGUGGAUCACAAAAUGGAAUGAAGAUGAAAGCUACUCCUAGGGGAAAAAACAGCACACUCUCCAGACUAUUCUCUUGUUUUCCAACUCAGAAAUUUAAAUGGAUUUUAAAAGUUCCUUCGGUAACUGAGGAUUGGUUUCAGACUUACUACAGACAGUAUGGACCUACAGUUCUUAACUGUGGAUAUUGUUACAUAUCCCAAGGCUUUUAUUUUGCACAGCUAAAUUUAAGACAGAUGGAACUGAUUUUUUUUAACUGCCUUAAUUUAAAUUUCCAGAUUGCCUUUUAUUUUGGUGUGGCUGACCUCUGAUGAGAAAGGGUAUGCCGAGUUGUACCUCAUGUGAAAUCUUCUCAUUAGUAUAUUAGAAAGAAAGCCACUAUCAUCAGUCAUGCUGAUGUCUACUUGGUGAUAUCCACAUGCUGAUAUCUAAGCUUCAUAAUUCUUGCAUUGCCUUUCCAAAUAUUUCUUCCACUAAAAUCAGAGAACUUUAAAUCAACAACGAUUUAACCUAAAGUACUGUCUUUAAGUAAAUGUGCAAUAGAAGGUGAUGCUGCCAUCCCACCAUCUUGUUUUUAA